AUGGCGCCUCCCAACUCAUCCGGCAAGGACGAGCGGCUACCAGCAUCCCUCUUCACCGUCUACCAGACGUACAAGCGCGGAACUUCUAUAGUAAUUGGCUGGCUGAUCGCCGCUGACACUGGCAGCCCCAAGGAUCAUCGCACUACCGACAAUGCAGCUUCAACAGAUACAGUUACGGUUAAACAGCUGCUAGAAAGUGCUCAAAAGGCGUCACAUGAGAAACGAGUCCCUCCGAACACCGUUCACGAUGCAUUCAAGAUCGUCCUCGUCAAUCACACGAGGCUCACUAGAUACUAUGAGAGUCUUUCAUCAAUCUCUUCCGAGACAAAAGCAUCAACGGUUUGCCACAAAGUCUUCAACGAGACUCUAGCACAGGCCUACAAUAUCCUCUUUGCCAAGCCAAAGACCUCGAAGCGUUCGCAAAAGAAGAAGAUAUCCACGGCUAGUGAAGCAAACCCCCCCAUCUCCUCCAAUUCAUUCGAAGCUCUGAGCGCAGUAAUCGAGCAAGAGGUUGAUUUCGAGUUGACUGCGAGCCAAUUUUGGGACAGUGAAAUCACCCAGACCACUGAACCUCCAACCAUAUUGAAUGAUACGAUCGCAGAUGCCGUGGCGAUGCAUACUUUUGUGGGAGAGUUGCAGACUUUUGUAACAAAAAUCAAGGAGAUCUGGAAAUCUGCUGCCAGUGGAGAGCUACCUCUAGCUGUAGCUGGAUGGCUCACUAAUGUCGGCCAUCGUUAUCUCCUUCUAUGGGAAGAAUACAGUCCGCAACAUUCCAAUUUAUGGAAGGAUCAAACCGGCUGGUCACUCGUAUCACAAGGCCGGUGGAUUGGCCCAGAUGAGGAUUUCAUCUGGUCCGUCAAUGUGCCCGAGCUUGCACGACUUGGAAAAACAGAUGAAUUUCUCGAGUUCACGCACGGGCAUGGCCUAGCUUGGGCAAGAUCGAAGAUAGAACAGUUCAGGAUUGAGUUGCGAGAUGACAACUCUUCACUCACUUGUACUAAAUUAACUGAGUUUUUCAAAUUCGAGGUCUAUUUUACUAGACUCUCAGAGGAGCAUGCACUGCAGCAAGAAUUUGCAGACGCCACCUGUCAUCGUCUUGCCUCUAAGAAGAAGAUGAAUUCCAAGGAACAUAUCGCUAUACUUAACGAAAUUAUUCAUAAACGGUAUCAGGCAGAUAACCUCCGCGACCGAUCAAUUUUUCGCAGCAUACACCAUCAUCCUCUAUAA